GACCGAGCGCGUAAUUCAAAAAUAAGUAAAUAUGGUAUUCAAUGUACUGAUAGCAUCGUCUGUGAUUAAAACGGCCACCGUCGUUGGUUCUAGUCUAUGGCUCAUCCCGUUUCUGCUGGGUGCCAUCUCCUACUAUCGCUACGAUCGCGUCGAUCCGGAAUCGCGCGUCAUCAACCAGGAAGCGUUACUGCCGGAGUAUGAUUUCAUCGUCGUUGGCGGCGGCUCGGCCGGUGCAGUCGUUGCAAACCGGCUGACAGAGAUCCACCGCUGGAAGGUACUGUUGCUGGAGGCGGGCCCAGACGAGAACGAGAUCUCGGACGUGCCGUCGUUGGCAGCGUACUUGCAGCUGAGCAAGCUCGACUGGGCGUACAAGACGGAGCCAACGAACAAGGCAUGCCUGGGCAUGGUGAAUAAUCGGUGUAACUGGCCGCGCGGCAAGGUGCUGGGUGGAUCAUCCGUGCUCAACUACAUGAUAUACGUGCGCGGCAACCGAAAUGACUUUAACCAUUGGGAAUCCCUGGGCAAUCCGGGCUGGGCGUAUGACGAUGUGCUACAGUUCUUUGUAAAAUCCGAAGACAACCGUAAUCCAUACCUCGCUCGCAAUCCGUACCACGGGCAAGGGGGACUGCUCACCGUGCAGGAAGCUCCCUGGCAUACACCGCUCGUAGCGGCGUUCGUGGAAGCUGGCACCGAAAUUGGGUACGAAAAUCGGGACAUCAAUGGUGAGCGACAAACCGGCUUCAUGAUAGCGCAGGGCACAAUCCGACGGGGAAGCCGCUGCUCUACCGCUAAAGCCUUUCUGCGCCCGAUACGGCUUCGCAAGAACCUGCACAUUGCGAUGAACUCACACGUCAGCAAGCUGGUCAUCGAUCCGGAAACGAAGCAUGCGGUCGGCGUUGAAUUCUUUCGGGGCGGUAAGCGACACUACGUGCGUGCCCGGAAGGAAAUUAUCAUGUCGGCCGGCUCGAUCAACACACCGCAGAUAUUGAUGCUGUCGGGUAUUGGACCGCGGGCUCAUCUCGAGGAUGUGGGCAUUACGACUAUUCAGGAUUUGCCGGUUGGCGAAAAUCUGCAGGAUCACGUCGGGAUGGGUGGCUUAACGUUUCUGGUGGACAAACCCGUAGCGAUUCUACAGAACCGUCUCGAGGCGGGCUCUGUGACAAUGAACUAUGUGAUUAACGAACGCGGCCCGAUGACCAUACUGGGUGGGCUGGAGGGCAUCGCGUUCGUUAACACGCCCUUCGCAAAUGUCACUGAUGACUGGCCGGACAUUCAGUUCCACAUGGCGCCGGCCUCACUCAACUCCGACGGUGGUGCCCGUGUCAAGAAGGUGCUUGGCCUGCGGGAGGACCUUUACAAGGAGGUAUUCCACCCGAUCGAAGACACGUACAGCUGGACGAUAAUGCCACUGUUGCUGCGGCCCCGGUCCCGCGGUUGGGUACGCCUUAAAUCCAAAAACCCUUUCCACUACCCACUCAUGAACCCGAACUACUUUGAGGAUCCGUUCGACGCUGCCACCCUCGUCGAGGGUGCGAAGAUAGCGUUACGCGUUGGGGACGCCAAGGUGUUCAAGCAGUUCGGUAAUCGACUGUACCGCAAACCGCUACCAAACUGCAAGCAACAUAAGUUUCUAUCGGACGAGUAUCUUGACUGUCAGGUGCGUACGAUAUCAAUGACUAUCUACCAUCCGGUGGGGACGGCCAAAAUGGGGCCGCAUUGGGAUCCCGGCGCGGUGGUUGACCCACGGCUACGCGUUUACGGCAUAUCUGGACUGCGCGUGAUCGAUGCUAGCAUUAUGCCAACUAUCGUAAGUGGCAACACGAAUGCAGCUGUCAUCAUGAUCGGUGAGAAGGGAGCACACAUGAUCAAAGAAGACUGGCUAGGGCACGAUCGAUGAUAUUCGGCUUGAGCAGCUGUGUCAUCAGCAAACCAUCCUGUGCCAUUCCAAAGUCGGGAGCAUUCUUCUAGCCAGCCCAAUCGUACCCCAAUAAUGCUACUUAGAAACUCUACUAGGCCAGAUAACGUCCCACCCUCUUUCAUUCUUGCGUUGUCAAGUUAUUCCGCAGCAACAUAGAAAUACCUCCCGCGAGUAUGCGUUGAACCAAGCGAUACCUUAGUCCGAUAGCUAUUAUUGUAGUUAGGUAAACGUGUGUGCGUUCUGUUUUCAUCGUAUUGUAUAGAAAAUAAGUUAAUAAAUAUUACCUCAAUUGAAAAAA